AUGUCUGAUUGUGCGCCAAUGCCGACGCCCCUUCCGAUGCAGCUAGACAAAGUCACUGGCCAUGAUCAACUUUUCUCGGAACCAACUUACUUUCGCAGUCUUGCAGGCAAGCUUCAGUACUUGACCUUGACAAGACCGGACAUCCAGUUUGCUGUUAACUAUGUAUGCCAGAAGAUGCAUGCUCCGACGGUUGCAGACUUCUCCAACCUCAAGCGCAUUAUUCGUUACUUGAAAGGCACGUAUCGAUAUGGAUUGAACAUAAAUGCAAAGACCGGCUUUCUCCUCUAUGGCUUCAGUGAUAGUGAUUGGGCUGGAUGUCGUGAGACUAGACGUUCUACUAGUGGCCUGUGUACGUUCCUCGGUUCAAACAUCAUCUCCUGGUCCGCUAAAAGGCAUCCUACUGUGUCGAGGUCUUCAACAGAAGCUUAG